AUGACUAUCCGGAUAAUAAUCCUAACGUGGUUGCCUAAGCUGCUGUGCAUCGAUAGGCCGGGCAAAGUGAAGCCCCCGAGGCGUCGGACCGGCAAUACAUCGAAUCCAUCGCCUAAGAAGCGCCAGGAAAUGACAAACUUAAGCAACAAGAUCAAGGAGCUAGAGCAAUUACACGCGCCCCGACACGCCAUGUCCAACCUAAUGGAUGGCGACGAAGACUUUAGUCAUUUGAACGCCAGGUGUCCGACGGGUUGUCACUCCUAUUCAAACAUAGACUCGUUUCACACAAAUCUCUAUAGUAUGCAAAACCGGUCGUCAGACGAGCCGGACAUCAGUGCUUAUAAUCCGCCGUUGAAUGACUCGCCGAUCGACACCUCGUGUCCGCAAUCAGCCGAUUGUGAGCGACAAUUGAGUCCAAUAUUUAAAGAAUUAAAAUUCAUAACAAACCGAAUGCGA